AUGAUUAAAUUCUGGGCGAGAGGUUCAUCCUGCGCGUGGUUAGGCCUCGCGUACGCGGUUGGCGAAAUGCCGACAGCUGCGGCGGCCAAGUUAUGCGCGAUCGUUUCCGCCGGUUGCGCGUUGCUGUAUCCGUUCAACGCCAAGUUCAACUUAACCGGAGAUGUCGGGAACACGGUCAAGUACCCGAUGCACUACGUUCCGGAAGUUUUGAUGAGCGUUUUAACCAUUUCCGGCAUCGUCGUGAACAUGAACUAA